AUGGCUCGGCGAUGUUCAGAACAAAUGCCUAGUGUUUCUUCAAUAUUGAAUGAAAAUAUUGCUACUAAUAUUGGUAGUGUUGAUAAUAUUAAUCAGCAAGGAACGUCGUCUCAUCAACAUUGUUUUCGUUGUGAUGUCGAUAUUGCAGCAGAUUUUACAAGUGGAGGACGUAUAAGAAUAUUGUGUCCGUUUUGUGGAAGUUUUCUUAGUGGGCAAACACCGUAUGAUAUGCGACUUAAAGUAUCCAGCGAAGCUGGUGGUAUUCAACAUUUACCUAGUAUGACUCUUCGUUCUCGAUUUUCUCGAACAUUCAAUCGUGUAUUAAAACGAACAAAUUUAAAUAACAAUAGUAUAACUAUUAAUGGUCGAAAAAGGAUGGAAAUUCCUUUACCAUCAGCGGUCUAUCAACAUGACGAAUUCAAAUGUUUAGUUGUAUCAGCGAUUAUGGAAGACAUGACAGCGUUUUACACUAAUUUUUACUCGAAUUUUGAUUAUAUGAAACAAGUACUUACACUGACUGAUAAUGAACAAAAAUCUUCAUUGAAUUGGCAAUAUUUAGAAACGAUACACGAUUAUCUUUCACACGCAAGCCCAUUAUUUGACGAAUCAUGCUCGCACCAUAUAUUUGCUCAUAUAUUUCGUCGAAUAGCUAACUUUGGUGAUCGAGAACAUCAUCAAAUUAUUUCAUUUUUACAAACUUUACCGGUAGAGAUGUUUCGAUCAGCUGUUAAUCGUAUUCAAAAAUUUAUUUCUCUUAAUGUAUUUUGUCCAAAAUUACAUUCUAUUCAACUUCAAGUCAACGGAUGGUGGAUACCAUCGAGCGUUCGAACGCUAGCUUUAUUCAAUGCAGCUAAUGAAGCAUUGAAAAAACGUAAAAUUCCAUACAAUGAGUUUGCCAUAACAACACUAAACUAUGUUGACAUUGAAAGAGACUACGCAAAUUGGCAACGAAAAUCAGUUGCUUUUAAUAGCGGUUUUACAUUUUGUCAAUAUCCAUUUGUUUUGAGCGUUAAUGCAAAACGUACAAUACUUAAACGAGAUUCAGAACAACAAAUGAUUCUAACAGCAAGACUAAGUAUGAUUCAAAAAUUUCGCAAUAAACAAGCUCCCAAUCUUGGCAUGUUAUUUUUAAAUUUGUAUGUUCGACGUUCAAAUUUGGUUGCCGAUUCAUUAGAAGAAGUGGCAAAGAAACGUGAUGAUUUAAAAAAAAAAUUACGUGUAACGUUUAUCGGAGAAGUUGGCCUAGACAUGGGAGGACUUACGAAAGAAUGGUUUUUGUUAAUUAUUCGAAAUAUAUUUCUGCCUGAUUAUGGUAUGUUUACCUAUUAUGAAUCAUCCAAUGUAUAUUGGUUCAAUGCAGCAGCUGUUAAUAAUGUCAAAGAAUAUAAUCUUAUUGGAGUUCUUAUGGGAUUGGCUGUUUAUAAUACAACACUAUUAGACAUACGAUUUCCAAUUGUCUGUUACAAAAAAUUAUUAAAUCCAGCAUUUUUGCCACUUAUUGAGCAGAAUCAAAAAUUGAAAGUGGGUUAUGUCAAACCAACAUUAGCUAAUUUUCAAACAAUACGGCCAGUGAACUAUGAUGAAAAUGUUGAAAGAGAUUUUUGUUUAAUGUUCGAAGUGGCUGUAUCCGAAUACGGUUCUCUUGUUAUGUAUCCAUUAAAAGAAAAUGGAUCCAACAUUCCAGUGACAAAUGAGAAUCGUCAAGAAUAUGUUGAAUUAUUAAUUGAUUAUUAUUUAAAUAAAAGUAUUUUAAAACAAUUUGAAGCAUUUUAUCAUGGUUUUCAUUCUGUAUGCGCAUCAAAUGCAUUACUUUUGUUAAUUCCAGAAGAAUUAGAAGUACUCAUCUGUGGUGCACAAGAAUGUGAUUUAACCGAUUUGGCAAAAAUAACAACAUAUGACAAUUGUCGAUCAGAUGAGAAUUUUAUUAAAUGGUUUUGGGAAGUUGUUGAAGAACUACCAGUUGAUAAACAACGUCGUCUACUUUUAUUUGUUACUGGUAGUGAUCGGAUGCCAGUAGGUGGUAUAAGUGAAAUGACAUUCAAAAUUGGAAAAUUAAUAUCAAAUAAAUUCAAUAUUAAUGAAUUACUUCCAAUGUCUCACACAUGUUUUAAUCAAUUAUUAUUACCACCAUAUCCAAGUAAAAAAAUUCUUAAAGAGAAAUUAUUAAUCGCUAUUGAUCACGCUGAAGGAUUUGGAAUAGAGUGA